CGGCGGCCUCCUCCUCUUUUCCUCCCGGCGCUGCUUCUCAUCGUAGUUUCACGCGAAACGCGAAGACCAUGUGUGUGGUCAGGGGGGACUUAGGAUAAAGUGGAGGUGGCACCGUGAGGUGCGGAUAAGAUUUCGUCAUCCGCACUAUUAGGGGAGGAUGCCUUUUUUUUCCUAAUAGUAGCCGCCGCACGGGAGCCACAUCGAUGCGGCGCUGAUCUAUAGAUUUUCCCAAGAAUGAUUUAGAGGUUUCAGAAUCUUUGAUCCCGACUUGCUUCAAACGGACGAGGAAGCAAAUCACUGCAUGCAUGCAUGAGUCUCUCAAGUGCUGUGCUAUGGUGGGAGGAGUGGCAGCUGCGCAUCCUUGUCCUUGCCAGCAUCUUCAUCCAGUAUGUCCUCUUCUUCUCUAUAUGGAUGCGCAGAGCUCCUAUUCUACGCAGGUUGAGAGUACUGGUGUGGGUCGCGUAUACAGCCGGAGACGCCGUGGCGAUCUAUGCCCUCGCCACCCUCUUCAACCGUCGCAAUCAGACUUCAGAUGGGGAGAGCAGCGCCCUGGAGGUCCUGUGGGCACCUAUCCUCCUCAUCCACCUCGGCGGCCAGACAUGCAUAAGUGCCUACAGCCUGGAAGACAACGAGCUAUGGAAACGGCAUACCAUAACACUGGUGUCGCAGGUCACGGUUGCCUUGUACGUCUUCUGCAAGUGGUGGUCUGGUGGUAAGAUGCUGCUGGCGGCAGCGAUCUUGCUCUUCGUCAUUGGCAUCCUCAAAUUCGCCCAGAAGCCAUGGGCACUGAGGACCGCCAGCUUUAACAGCUUGCAGGCCUCCAGCACUGUGUUCCUGCUGCCAGAAGCACAAAGAGAAAGGCGCAUAUAUACGCUUGAAGAAUAUGUACAAGCAGCAAAGUAUUGUGUACUAGAAACAAAGAUAGACAGUCAGCAUGAGUAUGAAAGCCAGUGCGAUUAUAUGUUCAUCGACCUGUCUGCACCAUACUCUUUUCGUAUUGCAGAGCUACCCUCAUUCCUGAUGCUUGUAGAUAAGCGUGCAUACCGUGAUCUGCAGUGCUCCCUCGGAAAUGCAUUUGAUAUCCUUUACACUAGAAUAACAUCAGGUCAAACUACUCUCGGCGUUGCCUCAGUGUUGUUGCUUCCAUUCUUGGCCUUAGCUUCUGCGGUGCUCUUUGCCACGAGCCACAAGGAUGGUCUCAAUGAGAAGGACAUCACGGUGACAUACAUCUUAUUUGGUUGCUCUACCAUGUUGGAGUUCUUAUUUCCCUUCAUAGCAAUCUCCUCACUCUUUCCAUUUGGCGCAAGAUUGUUUGGCGAGUAUAUUUCAGGGUGGCACGACAUGGUUUCCCAGUACAACGUCAUCUCCUUCUCUGUCCGCAAGAAGAAGCCCACAUUCCUGAUGAAGCUUGCUACCUUCAGCUUUCUAAGGGAGUUCAUUAACCAGCAUUGGUAUAUUCAACAUGUACCUAUAGCUUUCCAGGUUACAGGGGUGGUUCGCCAACACAUAGUAGAUGGUUGGAAGAAGUACAUACAUGAUGCUGCAAGUUACAAGAGAUUUAGCGAGCUCCGAGGCCAGUGGGCUCUAAGGAGGCACCAUCAGCUAGGUUGGAGCUUGAACAAGCCUUUCGAUGAGAGUGUCCUCAUCUGGCACAUAGCAACAGAUCUCUGCUUUUAUCACCCCAAUACAUCCCCUCAAGGUCGACAAGGAGAAGCCACUCAACACAGUAGGGAGAUAUCCAACUAUAUGAUCUAUCUGCUUCUCAUCCGUCCUGAGAUGUUAAUGCCCGGCACUAGAUCUGAUCUCUUUACCUUGGCCAGUGACAUAAUUGUGGAAAACAGCAAGGGGUCGCUCGACAUGACAGAAGAAAAUCUUGCUAAGGAGAUUCUCAACAUGUCGAUGUUGCCCUCUGCAGUUGAUAUGGUUUCCAAUGCCCUCAAGCUUUCCAAAGCACUGAUGGAGCUGGGCGAUGAGCAAGAGAGGUGGACUGUGAUCCAAGGUGUGUGGAUGGAGAUGCUCUGCUAUUCUGCCAGCAGAUGCAGGGGCUACCUACACGCCAAGAGCCUGGGUGAUGGUGGGGAGUUUCUUAGCAUUAUCUGGCUCCUCUUGUCGGUUAUGGGGAUGGAGACCUUGGCAGACAGGCAUCAGAGGUCAGAGCUCCCUCAAGAGGAAGCAACAGCAGAACAAGAAGCGGCAGCAUCGACUUCCCAUUCGGGCAGAGCUGAUCAAUCUGAAGACAACAUUAGCCUAGUCUAAGAGAUGGCGCCUGUGGAAAUUACUGGUCCCAAGUUUUACUGGUUCACCCUUAUCGCAUCACUUCCUUUGCAUCAUACUGUUUUAUUUUUAUUUUUUUUUACUUGAUGUGAGUGUGCUAUUUUUCUCUUUUUUCUUUCUCAAUUAUAAGCAUACAUCGCUGUAUUGUAAGGUUGAACUGUUGCUGGUUUUCGUAGACCUUGGGCAGGAAGGAGUUGCUGCUGGCUAGUGUACUUGCCAAACCCAAACAAAUAGUAGUAUGUGGAACAAGAUACUUCA